GCUGCAGGUUGGAGCGCUUACUGGGCGCAGGCGACGCGGCUGCUGUUAUUCUGCCGUUUCUGUCGAGCGGCCCCUUCCCCUCCAUCAGCCCCCUUCUCUUCCCGUCUCUCCCCCUAGAGAGCUCUCGGAGGACAGUCCUCGGCAGCUGCGUGCGCGCUGCCUCCCUCCAGCCUGCGCUCCUGCGCGGCGCAUGCAACCGCCUCUCUCCAAGGGGCAGGAGGAGGUGGUGGGGCCGGUGGAGCCCCAGCUCGGGGGCGCCAUGGCCCGCAGAGCCGUACCUCCUUCGCUGUGGUCCGGGAACGAGCGGCUGCGCAUCGGCGAGCGCCUCCAGGCUAGCCUGGCGGGGCUCUUGGAGUUGGAUCUGCUGCGCGAAACGCAAAGGGGGAGCGUGGAGCGCGCCCUGGAGCGCGGCCAGAAAGAUGGAGGCCGGCAACAGGAAGACGGAAGCCUCCCGGGCAGUUGUGACCUUCCGCCUGCAAACAAACUGGAUCGCAGCAAAUCAGAGGACCUUCUCGGGACCCCAAAGAAGCCCUGCGUUUCCUACAGCUCCUCCGAGAACAUUGAAGUAGCUUCCAGAGUGCUGAGUGUUCAAGCAAGAGAGAGAUCUGACAAAGGCUGCCUCGGGUUGCGGAUGGUCAGCGAACAGCUUCUGUUCCCCAAGAAAGCUGCGGUCAAUGGAGGAGAUGCCCAGGAGAUCAUGGAGGCAGAUUCCAGGCCCAGUUCAGGGUUUUAUGAGACCAGUGAGAUGGGCUCCCUCUCAGAUUCCUGCGCCUCCGUACACAGUGAUGGGCCGGGGGAUUCACGCUGCAGCAUCGGCUCCCUCUCUCAGCUGCCAGGUUUGCGGGAAAGCAGCUUUGUUCGGCCGCGCUCUACAGAUGAGGCUGCUGUCCGUCUCCUGGAUCUCCGCCUGCAGCAGUUCACAUUGGCAAAUGCUUCUGGCACUGACAGUAGGAGGCCUGUCUCGACAGGAGACCUUGAGUUCCUCUUGGGCCUGGGGGACUUGUCCCUGCCGCUCUCAAAGAACCCCAGCCUUCAGCUGCUGCAGUACAAAUCGGACCUCAUCUCCCGAAACACCAAUGAGAUCUACCACUACCCCAGCCCUUUACACGCGGUGGCUUUGCAGAGCCCCCUCUUCACCAGCAGCCUCUCCCAGAGCUCAUCUCAGGAGGAUCUCGAUGAGGGCCCUGUGGAGCCUGCCGGGGUCAGCUCCCCAGAAAGAGCCCCUGCUUCUUCUAGGGAACAGCAGAGGGCCCAGUUGGACCGCUAUAUUGCCAAGCUGGUGUUGCGGUACAAGUGCCGUUCAGCGGUGAGCAGGACAGAAGCGGGAUUCCUAGCAGGAAAUCAGAAGAGUUUGUCGAUGUCGUCUGUCUGUAGUUCUUUGCUGGGGGCUGGCCAACUCCUCGCCUUGGCGCCAGGGUGGAAGAUCCGGCGACGCAUCUCCACUUGCUCCCACUUGCGCUCACCAGAAGGCUCUGAGGGGACGCGAGACUCUCAGGUCCUGGACGGUCAAGGAGACUUUGCAGCAUUUCCAGAAAUCAGCUCCAUCCAAUCCAGCACCACCAACCUCUCUAAGGUUAGUGAACCUUCAGUGAUGUCCCUUCCUGAUCCUCUUCCGCUGUACCGGGAGCCAUCUCUAAUCCCCUGUCCAAAGAAGCAAUUUGCUGCAUCAGAAAGAGGGGUUCUAGACUGGGUUGACCACACCCAACGUUACAUGGUACAAGUGGAGUCUCCCACCCGAAAGGUUCUGUCAUUGCCUCGGGCCACCGUGGGCUUGGACAAGCUGUACAAAGGCAAGCAUGCUUCUCGGGAAUUGGUGAAGACAACGGAAAAACCAGAGAAACCUGCUGAAAGGAGCUGGCUAAGUCCUCGGGAACUGCUGCGGAGGCUUAGCCUUCGUCGUAAGCCCUCUGCUCGCGUCGGGAGCAGGGCCCGGGCUAGCUCAGAAAUCAAUGUUCAUGCAGCAGUGGGGCUAGUAUGCCACAGCGACCUUCAAGCUGGCAAAAGCAAAGUGGUCAAGACCAAGUGGGCAUCUGUCCUGGAGAUCUCCAACAAGGCCUCUGGGCGACACCGGCUGAAAGGCAGCACGUUCCACCCGCCUCAUCCAUUGAACCGCCAUCUUGCCUUCUCAGCUGACUCUCCAGCAUCGUUUUGCUUCCUGGGGGGAAGUCAUCUGGACCUGCCCCCUCGGCAGCGGGCCGGCUUUGCCAGCAGCGGCUCUGGUCUUGGCGAGGCAGAUGCCACGAGCGCCAUCAGCCUGAACGGUGACUGGAUCCUCCAUCAUCUUGGUGACAGAUGGCCCCCUGGCUCAGCCACCUUAGACUCCACUGACCUGCCAGUCGGCAACUUCAAGCUUCGCCGCAGUCGCUCGUUUAAGGAGCUCAAGAGAAUGAUGUCCCGCUCCAUCAAGGGUGCCAGAGCCCCCAAGUGAUGCUUCUGUUCUUAAGUAAUGCUAGACCGAGGCUGGAAGAUUGUGGGGGAGGCAGUCGCUCCUUAUCCUGUUACCGGGUUCUAGGUUGAUGCUCCUGAAAGGACAUCUUGUUCACGGUCACCUGGGAAGGGUUCUUUUUGAUUUGGACAAUGUGGGCUGCAUCUUGGGGCCGCUUCAUUUCACCCAGUGCCCAGAUUCUCCUUCCCUCUUUCUUGCGUGUGUGUUCUUGCAUUCAGACAUUGAUUCUGGUCCAUUUGGAUUCCUUGCUGGCCUGAGCAACUGUGAAAAAGUGGAGUUGCUCUUCAGUGCUUUUCAAAUAUUUCUCAAAGGGGUACUGGAUGGAGGGAAGGAGGUCUUGAGAAAGUCCUUUCUUAACCUUUCCUCUUACAUUGUUUUCAUGUGUUUGCAGCAUAACACAUAAUUGGGGCAGAAAGAGACUGGUGCAGCUAUACCCCUUUCCCUAAAAAUUUGUUCUCUUUUUCAAAAGGCUUCUUUUCCUGAUGAUGGAAGAAAUGCUGAGGCCUACACCAUUUGUAAUCUGCAAAGCAGUCACUCCACCCUCACCCUUUUUUCCAGUCCAAGAAAGUUAGCAAAAAUGGGAGAUUUGUCAAACAUCCAGUCAGCCAGCCAAUGUACAUGGUGGGCAACGGGCCACGUUUGACUUUGUGAUUUUGCAGAUUGUGUAAGCUUGAUAGUAGUAUUAAAAAAUGUACAUUUUGUUCUGAAAGUCUCUCAGGAGUUCAGUAUCUUGGCUUCCUGACUAGCCCUUCAAGAUUGAAGGUGAUGUGGCCUUUUCUUGUGUUGUAAUAUACCUUCCUUUUCCCAUAUGAGUAUUAAUUUAUGUUAGAAAAGCAAUGUUACACUGACCCCAGUGAAUAACAAUCUUUUUUUUUGCUUUUCUUACUUCAUCCCUUAAUUGGCUUCAUCAAGGAACAUCCAAACAUCUUUCCCUCCAGAAAAGAAAGGAACACUAGAUUACCUAAAUCCUUAUAGCACAAAGCACCAGUUUAACCUUUGUUUUUUUUAAAAAAUUCUCUUGCUGUGGUCCUCAGUUUUUCCCUAAAAGUAAAUUUACAUGGUUGAGGUUAGACUUUAAAAAAAUAAAAUCAAACCAGACAUUUCUCCCUCAUUGCUGUGAGAAACUACUAGGAAUGUAACAGCGGAGAUUUAAGCCCUCAAUGUAAAUGUUUCUAAAUGGAGGAUUUCUUUUCAGGUGUCAUUUAAAGUCCACACCUGAGAACAGGGAUUUGUGUAUUACAAGCAAUAAAUAAAAAUUCUGUUU